GACAUUGACAUCAUUAUGUGGUUUCUAUUUUAGGUUAUGAAACCACACAAUCACCACACAAUUUAGUACAUGAGUACAUUCAAUAAACAUUGUAAAAAGCAAAACAAAUAAAAAAUGUCUUCGUCUUCGGAUAGUGAUUCGGAUACUGACUUAUCACAACCUUCUAGACUAGGUGACUGCGAGGUUUGUGGGUCUAAAGAAGCUAUUUACACAUGUCCAAAAUGCGAAGUAAAGACAUGCUGCCUCGAUUGUGUAAGGAUACACAAGAAAGAGCUUGAAUGUACCGGCGUGAGAGAUCGCACGAAGUUCAUUUACAUGAAAGAUUUUACUGAUACAGACUUGCUAAGCGAUUAUAGGUUAUUAGAAGAAUGCGCGCGAUUUGUUUACGCUGUGAAGAGAGACGAGAAAAAAAGAUUCACUAGGAUAGAUAAGGAUUUACCUAUACAUUUACACAAACUGAGAUUGGCAGCGAGACAGAGAGGAACCGUUCUACAAUUCCUUGCACAAAACUUUACAAGACACAAAAUAAAUACAACAAAAUACAUAUACAAAACAAAUCUGAUCAACUGGCGUGUUGAGUGGGUUUUCCCUAAUGUUGAAACCAAACCCCUGAAGUUUGUGGAUGAGAAGUGUGUAGAGAAAAAGAAACUGUCAGAACUGCUUGAUAAGUAUUUAAAUCCUGAUGCGCCAGCCUUCGAUGGUUCCAAGGAUUUGAUGUACUAUAAAUCUAUUGGGUUUAGUGGAGUCAAAGUUUUAUUGAAAGCUGAAAAACUGAAAGGUUCAGCCAAAAAGUUCUUUGAACUGGACACAACAGAAUCAUUGGCAGAAAACUUGUCAGGAAAAUGUAUUGUGGAGUUCCCCAUUAUAUUUGUUGUUCUCAAGGAUCAUGCUUACAAUUUUGAAAUUGUGACACCUGAUGAUGAAUUUGACUGUGGAAAAGACAAUAAAGAAAAGGAAGAUGUAAAAGAUAGGCAAGAAAAAAUAGAAAAUAUGAUAAAUUACAUUAAUAGAAAUGAAAACACCACAAAGUCUAACACAGCAGAUAAAAAUACCCUGAAUGGUGUAAAUACUUCAGAAAACAGAGAUGGAUAUCAGAGAAAAAGGCAGAAAACCUUACUAACAGAGAAGAUUGCUGAGGAAAAGAAAUUAGAGAUUGAAAAAGAAAUUAAAGAAGCUAAAAAGAAGAGACCUAAAAACCUGCUUUUCACAACUGGUUAUUCAUCAGAAGAGAGUAUUAGCUGUAGUGAAGAUGAAAAUGAGAAAUAAUUAUUGAAGAUAAAACUCAAAAAAAUGUUU